CACAUAUUCUUUUGCUGAGACAUAAAUGAUGUAAGAUGCAAAAGCUUCUCGAGUGAAAACUAGAUUAUCUGACUAACAAAAAAUAUAGGCAGCUACAUCAUCAAUAUCAUCGGCUACAGCACAAACAAAACACAAAGAUUUCAACAACAUUCUAGACAACACCACCGCUACUACCGUCAGCCUCAGCUGCCAUUGAUGGGUGCUGCAGAACCUGUGGAGGAGAAGAAGAGUGAUGGAGGUGAAGUGAAAGAAGAGAAUGAGGAGAAAGAAGAGGAGGAAAUGAAAGAUGUGGAGAAAGGUGAGGUGGGUUUUCAAGAACGUGUGGUUGAGAGCAAUAACCAUGGAGAAUUUCAGCUUUCAAGGAUGCAGAGGCUGAAUCCAUCAAACCCUUUAAGGAUUGUUAUUAACAGUGCCACCAGAGUUCCAACUACCUCUCCAUCUCAGCGUCCUUCUCAGCCUCCUCCUCCGCCGCCUGCUCAUGCUCAGCCUCCUGCUCAUGCUCAGCCUCGGUCUACACCAGCACCCACCCCACAACCGCCAUCAGUGACAACACUGAAUUCAAGAGCUUAUACAGACAGAUUAUCUCUGUUUCUGUUCCUUCUGCACAUGGUUGCUGCUGUUGGGUUAGUUUGUUUUCUUAUAUUCAAGGGAAUUCAAGGCCUAAUACAAGCGUCAGAUUCUAUUAAAACGAAAGAGAAAAGGGUGUUGCAGUUUUAUCUGCCACAAGUUGAAGCUGCAUCUUUUUUGAGCAUUACUCUUGCAUUGGCAUGGCAAAAGGCAGUCAGGGAAUGGCCUCUAUUUAUGGUUCAUUUCAUACUAUGGAGCUCUUUUGUAAUGUCCCUAUCUGCUGGAAUUCUCCUUAUUUGCUUCCAAAAACCUGCCACUGAAGGCAUUGGAGUCUGUUUUAUUGCCUUUGCAAUUGGCAAUGGAUUGUAUGCUUGUUGGGUCACAACGCGAAUUAAGUUUUGUUGUAAGAUCUUGAUGAAAGCACUUGAACCUGUUUCAAAAUUCCCUGGUUUGAGUCAACCUGUUUAUUGGAUGCUUGGGGCUGGAUUCUUGUGGAUGUCCCUAUGGAUUUUAGCUGUGAUUGGAGCUUUGAAUUUCUACUUUCCCCCAUUGAUCAUUAUUGCAUUGGUUUUGAGCUUGCUUUGGACUGCUGAAGUAAUGAGAAAUGUUGCUAAUCUAACAGUGAGUAGGGUAAUUUCUCUGUAUUAUCUCAGGGGAAUGCAAUCUAAUACUCAGUUCUGCUUCCAGAGGGCCAUGACUCUGAAUCUUGGUAGUGCUUGUCUAGGCUCUCUCUUUGUGCCUGCAAUUGAGUCCCUGAGAAUUGUUGCUCGGGGUUUGAAUUUGCUUGAGGGAGAAGAUGAGUUCAUGUUUUCUUGUGCACAUUGCUGUCUCAAUAUCAUGGAUUCCAUCUUCAGAUAUGGAAAUGGCUGGGCCUAUGUGCAGAUAGCUGUAUAUGGAAAAGGUUUUGUAAAGGCAUCACAAGACACUUGGAAACUCUUUCAGCAGCAAGAAAUGGAACGUAUUGUCGAUGCGGACAUAACCAGUGCAAUUUGCUUCCUAACAGGAGUCUGCAGCGGCUCCAUCUGUGUCAUAGUUGUGGCUGCUUGGACCGCCAGACUGUACCAAAAUUUCACAGCCACCAUUUCACUCCUUGCAUUCAUCAUUGGAUACCUCAUGACCAGGAUUGCCAUGGCAGUACCACAUGCCUGCGUGAGUAGCUAUUAUGCUUGCUAUGCAGAGAAUCCAGAAAACAGGCUGUUUGAUUCAACAAUAAAGGAUCGUCUUGGCAUGAUUAAAUCUGGCCGCGAUGUGGUUGUGCCCACACCUAGAGUGCCCCGCCGGUUUAAUGCAACAUAGCCUAAGCUCAAUUUCUCCUACAAGGUAUGAAAAUUAUUUGAGCAUCAUUUUGGUCAUACUAUCAAGAUGUACCAUAAUUUUGUUGCCCCCAAUUGGGGUGUUAGACUUGACCAAACCCAACCGAGCUUGAGCUAAAAUUUCCACAAACAAUGGUUGAGGUGGAGGUCUUCAUGACAAUGAUUUUGAAUGUGAAAGUUCAACCAUUAUCAGAUGUUUGGUCUUGGAAGGAGUGGGGAGAGCCCACUAAGAUUCCAAUAAACAAGAAGCUAUAAGACAAAUUGUCUUUUGGUCAUGUCCUUCGUAUAUAUAUUGGAUAUUCCAUUGUAAAAAGUCCCACCAUUAUUUUAUUACUCUUUAUCUUUCUUGGUUAAACCCAUAAUUGAUUUAUUUAUUUGUUUAACUUUAUCUAA